CGCGACGUCAUCAAAAUGCGACGCGCAGACAUGGCGUUUGUUUCUGUAUGCUAAACCAUAGCUGCGUGAAAAUACACACAAUUCUGCUUUUUUAAAUAAACUUACAUAUCAUUUAAACGGCGGAGGCUGUGUUGUGUUUUUAAUGCGUCCACUAUGAGCGGGGGUUUGGCACCAAGCAAAAGCACUGUGUAUGUGUCCAACCUGCCAUUCUCUCUCACCAACAAUGACCUACACAAGCUGUUCACCAAAUAUGGAAAAGUUGUAAAGGUUACAAUCGUAAAGGAUAAAGUCACUCGCCAGAGUAAAGGGGUGGCGUUUGUUCUCUUCCUGGACAGAGAGUCAGCUCAUAACUGUGCACGAGCAGUGAACAACAAACAGCUGUUUGGCAGAACAGUGAAAGCCAGUAUUGCCAUAGACAAUGGGCGAGCAACUGAGUUUAUAAGGAGACGGAACUACACAGACAAGACCAAAUGUUACGAAUGUGGGGAUUCGGGUCAUCUGAGCUACGCAUGCCCCAAAAAUGUCCUGGGAGAGAGGGAACCACCGAAGAAGAAAGAAAAGAAAAAGAAGAAAAGGGCUCAACAGCCUGAGCAUGUUGAAGAGGAAGAAGAAGAAAGUGAAGAGGAGGGAGAGGACCCAACCUUAGAUAGUCUGAGCCAAGCCAUAGCUUUUCAGCAGUAUCAUACUUCUCCCGUCCUUUGCGUCUCUCCAGCAAGCCCGUAUCGAGGAGGAGGAGACGCAGAGAAAGCAGGCACGUUUGUCUCAAGAGGACGACGCUCACGCUUCAACGUCCUCAGACUCUAAGAAACCACGGAUCAAAAAGAGCGCGUACUUCAGUGAUGAGGAGGAGCUCAGUGACUAAUAAUAACAAUAAUACACAAUUUAGACAUAUGUUUGUUGUUGUCAAAUAUUGCUUUAUUUUUGUAAGUUGUAUUAUAGUGGGGAUAUUGGAUAUUAAACAUGCUUCUAUUUA